GCCGUCGCCAUGGCUCACGCUAACCCCGUGCCUAAACUCUACAAGUCCAUUAUUGAAGAUGUGAUUGAAGGUGUACGGGAACUCUUUGCAGAAGAGGGUUUAGAGGAACAGGUUCUGAAAGACUUGAAGCAGCUUUGGGAAACCAAGGUGAUGCAGUCUAGAGCAACAGAAGGCUUCUUCAGAUAUAGCCACCAUUCUCCACAGUUUACCCUGCAGUUGCCGCACAAUUUUCACCGCGUUCUGCAGGCUUCAGCAGCUUCUUUAGUCAUCCCAACUGGCAGAAGUUUUCAGCACUUCACAGCAACAGACCUGGGUGCUUCACAAGCGGGUGCAACUCUUACUCUUUCUUCGGGUGUUGCUUAUCCUAUACACGUACCAGCUGGAAUGACACUACAGACAGCAUCUGGGCAUCUUUAUAAGGUAAAUGUGCCUGUUAUGGUUACGCAGGGCUCGGGAGAUGCAAGUGUUCUACAUCAUCCUGUUCAGCAGAUAUUUCAGCCCCUUGGUCAACCUUCAGUUCUGCAAGCCAGCGUUGCUGGUGUUGCACAGGUGAAUGCAUCUUCUGACCAGGCAGCUGCUGAAACUUUGCAACCCCAGGAGACUGCUGUCCAACAGACCAUGGUAUUUCAACCAAAUGUCGUGGAAAAAACCCACCUAGAGAACUCUGCCAAUACUACAUUGGUCCAGCAGCCUUCUGUGAGUCAGCAGCAGCUUGCAACUAAUGCAGUGUUGAAUCAGUGUGCAGACUCAACAGAAAAAUCGCAGCACAGCAAUCUUCACACAGCUGUGUUUACUCCAGAAUCCUCUGAAGGGUUUUCUCUCACUGAAUCCUUGGCAAACAGCUCGAGCAGUGUUCUGCUGGAUGUGGAGGGGCCGUUAAACAUUCAGCCUCAGGAGUUGGUGCAACAGCAGGUGUCUGAUGAUAUCAUUGACCUGAUUAUCAUGGGCAAAAGUUUGGAUGAUAACGCUGUUCUGAAAGAUCAGGACAGCGUUGCUUCCUCUGACAAGAUGGAACCUACUGAGCAGAUGGAAUCUAAUUUACGAUCAGAGAAGGAUAUCUGCAGUGACAUUGAAGGCAUAAUUCAGCUAGAUGGUACUGGUGAUGUUUCUCCCAAGGAAGAAAUACCACAUACAGAAGAUGGGGAAGAGAAUGAAUUCAUUGGCAUUAUUGAAUCAGAGGAUCUAAAAGUUCUGGAGGAUGAGGAUGAGGAAGACGAUGACGAAAAAUGUGACAUUAUUUCAAACACGGAGUCUAGCAGCAGUGGUGGUGAUAAUGAGGAGCCCCAAAUAGAUAUAGUUGAGGAGGACCCCUUAAAUUCUGGUGAUGAUGUCAGUGAACAGGACACUCCAGACUUGUUUGACAUUGACAAUGUGAUAGUUUGUCAGUAUGACAAGAUACAUCGAAGUAAGAACAAAUGGAAGUUCUACUUAAAAGAUGGAGUGAUGUCCUUUGAGGGUAAAGACCAUGUUUUUGCAAAAGCCAUUGGAGAUGCAGAGUGGUGAAACCUCACUGAUGCUGCUGAAUUUAGAAAAGAAAAAAAAAAAAGGAGCAACAUCUAUGCAAGUCUGAAACCUGUGGCUGUUUCAGCUGUGUACUUCUUUCUUCCCUUUCCUUCCUCCCUUGCUUUUUGUUGUUGCUUCUUGGCUUUUUGACUUCAGCUUAAAGGCAGGCACUUCAGAUGCAGUCAGGAAAUGUGGGUGGAAGACCCUUGAGCUCUCAAUAUAUAAGAAUUAUUAUUGUUUAUUCUAUACCCUUUAUGUCUACUGAGAUGCAAUGAAUAGUGUGAUUUAACAUGAAAAUGUGAUUUAUUUUCACUGUCAAUGCAGUCAUUUGAGUUUGCUUCUGUACAUAUUUACUACAUUCUGGGACUACAGACCAGUAAGCUGUGAAUGAUACAAAUUGUGCAUAAUAAUAAAAUGUCAUCUCAUACA